UCGAGUCUUUCUCUUAUGGACCAUGAACCAAGUGCUUAUUUUUUGCUACAGGAAAGAUAAUUCCACUUUGCGAAGAACAAAGAGUUACAAAUAUGUGUCACUGAAUGCAUGAAGAUAAAUGUUUUCUUCAAACUGCAACCUAUUGCAUCACUAUUAUUAUGCCCCAAUCAUUAACUUGCAAAUAUCGCAAUGAAGGAAAAAUCCAAGAAUGCCGCCAAGACCCGGAGAGAGAAGGAGAAUGGAGAGUUCUAUGAACUGGCCAAGCUGCUCCCUCUUCCAUCUGCCAUCACGUCUCAGCUGGACAAAGCUUCCAUCAUCCGACUUACCACAAGCUACCUGAAGAUGAGAGCUGUCUUCCCAGAGGGUUUAGGAGAUGCCUGGGGACAACCAAGCCGAACAAGCCCAAUGGACAAUGUAGCAAAGGAGUUGGGCUCCCAUUUACUGCAGACGCUGGAUGGAUUUGUAUUUGUGGUGUCUUCAGAUGGCAAAAUCAUGUAUAUCUCAGAAACAGCCUCUGUUCACUUAGGUUUGUCACAGGUGGAACUAACAGGCAACAGCAUCUAUGAAUAUAUUCAUCCAUCUGACCACGAUGAGAUGACAGCAGUUCUUACAGCUCAGCAACCUCUCCAUCCUCAUCUGCUACAAGAGUAUGAAAUGGAACGUUCAUUCUUCCUUCGAAUGAAGUGUGUCUUAGCAAAAAGAAAUGCAGGCUUGACUUGUGGUGGCUACAAGGUGAUACACUGCAGUGGCUAUCUCAAGAUCCGACAGUAUGUGCUGGAUUUGACUAUCUAUGAUUCUUGUUACCAAAUCGUUGGUCUAGUGGCUGUAGGACAGUCCCUGCCUCCCAGUGCCAUUACAGAGAUUAAGCUUCACAGCAACAUGUUUAUGUUCCGAGCAAGUCUAGAUCUGAAGUUGAUAUUUUUGGAUUCUAGGGUAGCAGAAUUAACAGGGUACGAACCGCAGGAUUUGAUUGAGAAGACCUUGUACCACCAUGUUCAUGGAUGCGAUGUUUUCCACUUGCGAUAUGCACAUCACCUUUUGCUGGUGAAGGGCCAAGUCACAACCAAAUAUUAUAGGCUGCUUUCCAAGCAAGGAGGAUGGGUCUGGAUCCAGAGCUAUGCCACGAUUGUACACAACAGUCGAUCAUCAAGGCCUCACUGCAUAGUGAGUGUCAAUUAUGUUCUGACAGAGAUAGAAUACAAACAUCUACAGUUAUCACUGGAUCAAGCAAUAUCAUCAAAAUCAUCAUAUUCCUACAGAACUGCAAUGACUACCUCCUCACCUGAUGCAAGAAAACAGCAGAAAUCCAAAUCUGUUAAAGUAAAAACAAAACAAAGAACAUCUCCAUAUCCACAACAGCAAUGCAACUCACUUCAUGCAGACAAACUGGACUCUGGUCAGACUGUAAACUGGAGAAGUCCACCAGUAAACAUUUCAUCAAGCCAAGAACAAAAUUCACAUUCAGAGCACAGUGAACUGUUCUAUCUGCCUCAGUACAGCCUUCCUUUCCACCCCCAUUAUGGACAUUUUUCUAUGGAUUCUUAUGUGCUCAGCAACAAAAAAACAGUGCUGCCUGCCAGUGUCAGUCAGUCUCCAGGACCACCUUGCGAAAUGGCUAGACUUUUCUUUGGCACAUUGCAGGCAACUGGGGACUGCCAAAGGCAUUGUACUACCUCUUCAGGUAGUAAUCCUGAAUCAUCAACAAAAAACAGCCGGGAUCAGCAAAUAAAAGGGUCGCAUCCCUUCACUGUACAACAUUAUCAAGUGCCAUUGGUGAACAGAAGACACAGUGAAGAUAGUACCACAGACAACUUUAUAAGUUGUAUAGUCCCACAACCAAACAGCAGAUACAAGGAAGAGGUACAUGGCAACAUUCCACAAAAGAAUAACAAAGAUCAUCUGAGGUUGCAAACACCACUGCAGCACAUUAAAGAGGAAAGCAAGUUGCUAUUCCAUGUGGAAGAACAAAGCAAAAUAAAUACAGAAGAAAAGUUAUUGUCCAGUUCCUUCUGUGAUUUACAUUUAGCCAAAUCAGACUACAGCCAGUCAAAGUGUUUGAGACAGAUGGGUCACCAACUGCCAGUGCAAUCAGCAUAUGAACAAGCAAGAAAACUCUGCAUAAAAGAGCUCAAGUACGAGAACCACAGUCACUAUGGUAACUGCCUAGAUGGUGUUGGUAGCACUGAUAGAACAGCUGCAAAAUGGUUGCUUAGUGACACUCAAAGUGAAAGCUCAAUAAACAUCAGAUCAUUUGCACAAAGUCCAUUUUCACCCCCGAACAAUCACAGUGUCUUGACCAAAUAUAGCACUUUCCAGACCUCAUCAUGUAUGCCAGCCAAGCAUGUAAUGGAAAACUUUGGCUACAGUGCAGAAGACCCUCCAUCAUUAGUUUACAGAAGUCAAAGUCUAACCUCAAGCUCCCCCUCCUCAGAAACCCCACAGGAUACAGGCCUUCCUCAUUACAUCGGCACAUCCGUAAUAAUAACUAGUGGUAGGUGACGAAUUUGGUAGGAUGUUCUUUAUAGAUUAUUGAACCGCAUAUAUUUUAAAGUUCCCAAACUGGCAUAUAUUGUCAUCACUUGACUGAUCACUGAAGUGUAACAGGGAAUAAUCACAGUGUCAGUCACUGCAGACAGCUAUUUGCUAAGAUUUGUGUUGAUGAAGGAACUGUUCACCACAAUAGUGGUAUCUUUAAAGUGUCUGCUAUUGAAAUGGAAUUUAUGGUCUAAAUAUCUACCCCAUUGUUUCCUUCCUUUUCUGCUUUAGUGACAUUUUAUAAUCCUAGGAGAUUCAUUUUAAUGUGUUUUCUAGUAUACUGCUAAUUUGUAUCAUCUAAACUGCAACACCCACUUAUUCUCUUUUGUACAAUUUCUGCCGGCAUUCUGUUCAAAAUGUGCACAAUCUUGUUAGUUAAAAAAGAUGUCAUUGUACUUUUGUCAAACAUGCACAUA